UUUAGCCGAGCCUUCAUGCAGUUUUACCUUUCCUCUGUAUUUUACAUAUAGAAUUAGGGCGUCAUGAUUACUUAUAAACUUCCCACCGCACUUUUUCUGAAACGCAAGUGUUUACCAACAGCCUGGUACCGUCGUUUUCACGAAACUAUGGAUUAGUUACGGUAAAGAGGACCUUUUAACUUUUUCCAUCCCCCGGACCCCUCUCAUAAUGGAAUCCAGACAGAGGAAGCACUGCGGAGGGUGGCCCGUGCUGAGGCUAUGGUUUUCCCUGGCGUGCCUCAUGAGCGCGACCGCCCAGCUUAGUUACUCGGUGUCAGAGGAGCUCAGGCCGGGGGCUGUGGUCGGGAAUAUCGCUAAGGAUUUGGGUCUCACCGUUCAAAUGAUAAUUAAGAGAAAAUUGCGGGUGGUCUCGGAAUCUAACGCGCAGUACUUCGAGGUGAACCAGGCGACUGGGGAUUUUAUUAUUAGACAGACAAUUGACAGGGAACACAUGUGCGAAUUAAGUGCAACAUGUUCACUACAUGUUGAGAUUGUACUCGAGGACCCUUUAGCAAUACAUCGUGUUCUUGUGGAUAUUGUGGAUGUGAAUGACAAUGCGCCGCAGUUUUCCACUAAGAAUAUUUCCUUGGAGAUAUCAGAGGCGGCCGCGCCGGGCACCCGGUUCCGACUGGAGAGUGCGCACGAUCCAGAUGUGGGUAUCAACUCUCUGCGUACUUAUCACCUCGCAGCCAACGACCGCUUUGUUUUGAAUGUGGAAACGAAAAGUGACGGGAGUAAGUUCCCGGAGUUAGUUUUAGAGAAGGCUUUGGAUAGGGAGACGCAGGCCUCGUUUCGCCUGUUGCUUACUGCCCUAGACGGGGGACAGCCAGAGAAGUCUGGCUCCACUCUUCUACUCAUUACAAUUCUGGACGUCAAUGACAACGCGCCCGUCUUUGACAAGUCGAUGAAAAAAGUUAGCGUGUUGGAGAAUGUUGAAAAGGGCACUUUAGUAACGAAACUGAACGCGACCGACGCGGAUUAUGCUCAGAACGGGGAGAUCUCCUUCCUGUUUAGUAAAUACACGCCGGACCGGGUGCUCAAGCUAUUCAGCGUAGAUUCGAAAACCGGUGAGGUCCGUGUGAAUGGUCACGUGGAUUAUGAGACAGCGAAUGAGUAUUACGUCACUGUGCUGGCCAGGGAUGGGGGAACCCCCGCCAUGGAAGCAUCCUGUAAUAUCAAAGUUGAAGUCACUGACGUGAAUGAUAACUCUCCGGAGGUGAUGUUGACGUCACUGACCAGUCCUAUCCAGGAGGACGCAGCACCGGGCACAGUUAUCGCCCUCAUCAGCGCAAGGGACCUGGACUCUGGUAAGAACGGCAAGGUAACAUUAAAGGUCCAGUCUGGCCUGCCCUUCAAACUCAACUCCGCCUUUGGAGAGCACUACAACCUCAUCACCGAUGGCAACCUGGACAGAGAGACCAUGGCUGAUUACACCGUGGUCAUCAUGGCGACCGACGCUGGAUCCCCUCCCCUGUCGUCGCGUACGACCUUCGUGGUCAAGCUGUCAGAUGUGAAUGACAACGCUCCAUCGUUCUCCCAGCCCUCCUACUCAGUGGACGUCCCCGAGAACAACGCCCCCAGCACCCCCAUCGCCAUGGUGAUGGCCUCUGACCCGGACAUAGGGGACAAUGCCCGCGUCUCCUUUUCCAUCCUGCCCAGCAUGGUCCAGGGCUCACCCAUCUCCUCCUAUAUCUACAUCAACCCAGAGACUGGCCACAUCUACAGCAUGCGCUCCCUGGACCAUGAAACCCUCAACGCCUUCCGCAUUGAGGUGCAGGCCCGAGACGCCGGGACGCCACCCCGGACCACCAACGUCACCGUGCAUGUGUUCGUAGUAGAUCUUAACGACAACGCGCCCCUCAUCGUGUACCCCCCCUUCCCCCAGGAUACGGGGCUGCAGCUCAGUGUACCGCAGUCGGCUGGGCCAGGGCAUCUCAUUAAUAAACUGGUUGGGGUGGAUCCUGAUAGCGGUCAUAACGCCUGGUUGUUCUACUCCAUCGCCCCCGGGCCUCACGCUGCUCUAUUCCUCAUCACCCCCCACACCGGCGAGCUCCGCACCACUCGCAAACUAGCCGAGGAGGAGGGUGGCUCCGCCUAUGACAUCAUCGUGGUCGUCCAGGACAACGGCGAACCUACUCUCUCCACCACUGUGGCCAUUACGGUAACCGUGGAGGAGAAGGGCGCCAGCGACGCCGCCAUAGACAACCGGAAGACGUCGUUGAUGCGGCAGACUGGGAUGUCUGACAUCACCCUGUACCUCAUCAUCUCACUGGCCUGCGUCUCGGCCGUGUCCUUCCUCACCUUCUUCAUCCUCAUGGUCCGAUGCCUCCGCCACCGCAGCGACCAUGGAGGGACAGGCUGCUGCUACAGCCAUUACCGGCCCAGCAGGGCCUACCAUCAGAGGCCCAACAAGGACCUCCACCUGCAGCUCAACACAGAUGGACCCAUCCGUUACAUGGAGGUGGUGGGAGGGGCUCAAGACCCCCCAGGAACACGAACCUACAGACCCUGCUACUCCACCACCUCCAGCCGCAGUGACUUUAUGUUUGUCAAGACACCCAUGAUGAGCCAUAACAACACACUCAGUAUGACGCUCAACAGGAAGCACCUAAUGAACUCAGCCAAUGAGCAAAAGCCUCCUAACGCCGACUGGCGCUUCACCCAAGGCCAGAGACCUGGACCCAGUGGGGCUGGAGGCCCCCCUGAAAUGGCCAUGGGAACCGGACCCUGGCCCAACCCCCCCACCGAGGCUGAGCAGCUCCAAGCCCUGAUGGCCGCCGCUAACGAAGUGAGCGAAGCGACUGCCACCCUGGGGCCGGGCACUAUGGGUCUAAGCACCCGUUACAGCCCCCAGUUCACCCUGCAGCACGUGCCUGACUACCGUCAGAACGUCUACAUCCCUGGCAGCACGGCCACCCUGACCUCCAAUCCCCAGCAGCAGCAGCAACAGCAGAUGCUGAUGCAGCAGCAGAUGGCAGCCCAACAACAGGCCCUGCAGGCCCAGCCCUCCGAGGCCUCGGCUCAGCCUGAACCCCCCAAGGUUGCCCAGACCCCCGCCUCCAAGAAGAAGUCCACCAAGAAGGAGAAGAAGUAGGAUGGAUGGAAGGACGAACGAUGAAUGGAUAGAUAUGGAGUAUACGAUGAGAAGAGAACGACCCGAUGAGAACUGAAAUUUAACCACAGGAGGCUGCUGAGGGGAGGAAUGCUCGUAAUGGCCGGAACAGAGCGAAUGGAAUGGCAUCAAAGACAUGGAAACCAUGUCUUUGAUACCAUUCCUCUCCAGCCAAUACCACAAGCCUGUCCUCCCCAAUUAAAGUGCCACCAACCUCCUGUGAAUUCAACCCUCCCUUACCCCCACUUUUCCACACAAUGCGUUUACUCUAACCAUGGUUGGAAUUGUAUUGGUCACGCUCAUAUGAUAAAACAAAAUAUGGAGAUGGUUUAGGAAUGUUUGUUUUUGGGCUCUUGAAUCUGGAAAGGGUUAAGAGCAAACAGCAUGGACAUUUUGUUUUUGUUUUCUUUCUGAAGGCUAGUUAGAAACGGUUGUUUUUGUUUUCUUUCUGAAGGCUAGUUAGAAACGGUUGUUUUUGUUUUCUUUCUGAAGGCUAGUUAGAAACGGUUGUUUUUGUUUUCUUUCUGAAGGCUAGUUAGAAACGGUUGUUUUUGUUUUCUUUCUGAAGGCUAGUUAGAAACGUUUUUUUUUUUUUUUUCUUUCUGAAGGCUAGUUAGAAACGGUUGUUUUUGUUUUCUUUCUGAAGGCUAGUUAGAAACGUUUUUUUUUGUUUUCUUUCUGAAGGCUAGUUAGAAACGUUUUUUUUUGUUUUCUUUCUGAAGGCUAGUUAGAAACGGUUGUUUUUGGAAAGCCUGUGUUCUGUUCUACUCAACAGCAAAGUAUUAAUGGUAUUUCCUGGUAAGGAAGACUGGAGUUGGGGGGGGGGGGGGAUCAAUGAAUUUGGAUUCACUUCAGACAACAGAUUGAGUGUAAGAAACCUUGCUGGGGUAACAAGGUUCACCCAGUGACGUAUUCACAGGUUGAUAUUUUAACCAUGUUCCCUAAGAUGUUUCAUGUUGGAUUUGUAAUUCUUUAUUUUCCUGAGUUGGAAAGUAGAUCAGUGUUGACUACUAGAUUGCCAUGCUCAGAUUCCUAUAUAGCAGUUCUAAAACCAAUCUGUGCGGCACUCAGCUGAAUAUGAAAAUCCCGACGUGAGCCUCCACCGCUAUAUAGGAUCAGCCUCAUAGGAUCCUACACCACAGCUCUUUGGAACACAAGGGUAUCCCGUCCACUGGUAGUAUUCUACUCCUCUGCAUGUUCCUAUAGCUUCAAACCACAGAUCUUCUAGAAGAUUUAACAAUGCAUUGCUUAAGUGUUGCAAAGAAGACGACCACCUUAACUCCUCUCCCAAAAAUACUGGUUGAUAAAUGCACUUGUAGCAUUUAUCUGACGUGGUAGAGAAAAAUUAUAAAUAUGAUUUUGUAAGCAUUAGUUAAAUGGUAAGAUUAGAGUCUUUUGUUGUUUGUUAUGACCUUAGCUUGAACCCUAUUGGAGUGCUAGGGCAGAGGGGGAGGGGCAUGUUCUAGUACUAUCAUCAGUCCUGUUGGCUGGCUUGGUGACAUAGUAGGCACUGCCCCUUUUUUAAAAGGGCAAAGAGACCACCUGCUGUCCCCUUAUGCCCCCUCCCCUCACUGGCUAUCCCACUUCAACCAUAGGAGAUGCACUGUUCAUACUAUAAAGAUCAGCUGUAGGGUAAAAAGCCCUUCAGAGGAGGGCACAAGUAGAGAUCUUCAACAAACUGCUUAGAAGUUACACUUCUUAGGUCACUAGGCUCCAGAUUGAGUGUUCACCCCUUGCUAUGUAUCCUGAAGUGCAGAUGAUUCUAUUCCUUGAUGUGAUAAGAUACAUUUUUUGACGACUCAGUAGUAUAAGAGUUGUUUAGAAGAUAAGUAGGAAGUCUUUCCUUUGCCGCCAGUCCGUCCGUCUGUCAGGCUACUGGUUAGAUACCACUGCAUGAAGAGGCAGCAGGGUUCAAGGGGGAGUGGAAAGGGAUGGGGUUAUGGGGUACGACGUCUGGGUUGGUACCAUUAGAUUGACGGGGAGGGGGGGCAACGACCUUGGCUCUACUCACUGAAUGUACAUAGGCAAGGUCCACCCCUAAACUUCCUCUAAUGCACUGACCCAGGUUAGAGGUUGACAGAGCCAAACACAUCUUUCCAUGUCACGGAGAUACCACUUCAGAAGAAGGGAGGGGGGGGGGCAGAGUUCGCUAGUUCCAUUCCUCGCUGUAUCUAUCCCCUGUGUAAAUCCACUCUGGUAAAGCUAACCUCAGACUCUGCCCUCCACUACCUGGUCCUGUGAAGGCUCUUCCCCACUGUAAAUAAACACUGGUCCUGUCGAUGGCAUGAGCCAGUUGUUUGUCUAGUACGGACCACGUCCAGCAUUUUCAAAUGAAAAGUCCUCUCCACAAGGCGUGGCUUACUACUGGAAUGUGUUGCAUUUGUUUUUCAAGAAAAAUAUGAAAACCCCAGCGAGGAAAAAAAGAUCUCGGAAAUGUUCUUCUACAGUUUGUGUUGCAAUGUCGUAACUAAACACCAUGAAGGCCAACUAACUCUUCAGUGUAAAUAAAGUUGUUAACUUUAGACGAUGAGUAAACAGUGACACACAUAGACUAGUUAACUUGUGAUAUGUGUUGCGCAUAUUUUUGUGUUAAUUUUCACUCUCUCCAUUUUACCACCCUGUAAAGAAACCAAACAAAAAAAGUAUAUUGAAAAAAUGUUUCUAUCCUUCUGUAACCUCUUUACGUUUUUUUCUGUGAUUCAUAUCGCGCAUUUGUGCAGAAAUGCCUCUCUGUCCAUAUGAACAAAUCAUUAUAAAUAUUAUAUAUGUGUGUACGUCCGCCUGCUGCUGAAUUAAUCCUCUCCUGUGCUGUGGCCUGAUAUCUUUCUUAUGAAACUCUUAGACCCCCCCCUAAUCUCUUAUUUGUUAUGCUAAUAUUUAUAUUGCUGUUUUAUUUUCUCUUGAACACUGACGUUUCAAAUAAAAGGUUCUGAAAUCAU